AUGCAUGCGUGUGUGCGUCCUCUCCUCCACGCCACCGCUCCGGCCGUGCGUGCCUCGAUCGCUGCCACCGCUUCUGCGGAUGCAGUCGUUGCCCUGAGCGACUGGACGAGCGGCCGAGGUGCGGCCGGCCUCGUAGCAUUUGCAUGCGUGCACACGGCGGCCGUGGUCGGCUGCUUUCCAGCGACGAUUCUCUUCGAGCUAGCGGCCGGCUUGCUAUUCGGCGUCUAUCAAGGCGCCGCGGUCGCUUGGUCGGCUAAAGUGCUGGCUGCGACGAUCACCUACCUCGUGUCGAGCGGCAUCGCUCGCGCGGCUCUCUCCGCUGCCGGCGUGGAGGAGGCGGCAGCUCGUGCCUACGCGGCGCAACCAUCGCUCGCAAACCUCGCGCAGAGCGUGGAGCGCGAUGGUGCUCGAUUCACGCUGCUGGCACGCCUCUCGCCCAUCCCCUCCUGGCUCAACAAUUAUGGCCUCGCCUUGGCCGGCGUGAGCCUCGACGACUACUUUCCGGCGACGGCGCUCGCCACCCUCCCAGCGGUCCUCACCCACGUCUACGCCGGCAGCCUCUUCUCGUCGGCACUCGAAAUCGUCGAGCGCGACGGCGCGGCGUCCUUCCCGUCCUUUGCGAGCCUGGUGCUCGGGGCGGCUGGAGCGUUGGGCGGCGGUUUGCUGCUCCGAGAGGUGGCCGCGGCGGCGGCCAGCACGACCGAAUCAGGGGGGCGGGGGGAAGGAGGAGGAGGAGGAGAUCAGUCGGCCGCCGCUCGGCCGCAGAGAAUUUGGCGCCGCAGCGAUCCGAGGGCCAGCGUAGUCGGCGACGACGGUCCGCGCAUCCUCGACAGCAGCAAUUGCGAGACGGGCGGCGGCACGAGCACACUCGCCGGGCUCAACACGGCCAUCGUCGGCGGCGGCGCGAGCGGCCUGCUCCUCGCUCACCGACUGCUGGACGCGGGCGCAUCCGUCACGCUGCUUGAGGCGCGCGGCGACCCGCGCGACGGCAGGGUGCGUGAGGGGCGCGCCUAUGCGCUCGGGCUCGGUCUGCGGGGGCGCGCGGCCAUUCGCGCGGUCGAUGAGGCGCUGUGGCAAGCGGUCAAGGCGGAGGGGUUUGGCAGCGACCGCUUCACGCUGCACGCGCCCUUCUUUGGCGACGAGCCGUCCGUCCUCAUCUACCAGUCGGACCUGUGCUCCGCCUUGCUGACCGCACUGGAGGCGCGCCACCGCGCCUCCGGCCGGCUCGACAUGCAGUUCCGCGCGCGCGUCGAGAAAGUCGACCCGGAGAGCGGCGAACUGGCCUGGAGACGUCGACCCGGAGAGAGCGAACUGCACUCCGCCGUGCGCGCCUCUUUCGCCGAGCGGUGCCCGUCCUUCAACGCAGAGCGGGCGACUCUCGGCGGCAGCCUCAAGGUGCUGCGCCUCGAGAGGAUGCCCGCGCGGCUGGCGCCCGACGCCGUGCACCUCGUCCCGGGCGCGGGCGGCCUCGCGGCCUUCUUGGAGCCGACCGCGCGCGGCGAGGCGUGCGCCCUCCUCAGCUGGCGCGGCGACACCCUCACCACGACUCUCCCCGACGGCAGCAAGGGCAGUUGGCAGCCAGCGAGCGCGACCGACGCGGACGCGGCGCGGCGCGCUUUGGCGAGCGCGUUGCCGCUCCUCGCGGACGCGCUCAACACGACGGCCAUCGGCGAGCAGUUUGUCGCGCAGCGCGUCUCCAAGGCGGCAACGGUCAGGUGCAACUCGUACAGCUUGGGUCGCGCGGCGCUGCUUGGCGAUGCGGCGCACUCGACGGGCGGCGCGUCCGGCCAAGGCUGCAACUCGGCGCUGCAGGACGCGAUCUCGCUCAGCGAUGUGCUGAGCCGCUUCGACGGCGACGUGGCCGCCGCACUGCCCGCCUACUCACGGGAGCGCGUCCCCGAAGGCACCGCGCUCCUCGACCUCUCGACGGGGCCCGGCGCCGACGCGCCGCCCACGCGGAAGUUGCUCUACGCCGCAUCGAGCGCGCUCGACUUUCUCCUCUCGCCGCUUGGGCUGCGCGACCCUCCCCUGCAGACCCUCCUCACGACGUCGCUCACGCCGUUCGCCGAGAUUCGGCGCAGGCGAGAGGCGGCGUUCGGCCCGUUUCCCUCCUCCGCCGAGUUUGCGGCGCAGAUCGAGGAGGUCGCAUGCGGUCGCGUGCGAAUAGGCUCUUAA